UUGUUAUACAAAAAAAAUGUACCUUAAAAGUGUCAAACAAUUUGCAAAAUGCAUUAUAUUUUCCAUACUAAUCACCGUAAACCUUGCAGACGAUGAAUACGCAACGUUAAAAGCUGCUAAAGUGUAUUUUACUAAAGGAAGUUCAAUUGGGUUGCUUUUAGCUUUGGCUCUGCCUUUAGAAGAACCCUACAAGAACUCUUUUGUAGCCUACAACAUUGAAGCUAACUUUAAUUUACCUGACAAUGCGACAGCUGUAGAAUAUCCACCUCUAUUGGAAAGAGAAGCGAAAUUCUUGAACAGGAAAUUUGUAUACAACUUAAUCGAAACCAAAAUGAAAUCGAAUGGCGUUCCGGGCAAAAGCUGUCUUCUCAGAAUCAUCUGCGAGGCGUCAUCACACACCAUGGAUCACAACGGCGUUUUGGCCGAUCUUCUACACGUACUUUUGACACCAUCAAGUAGUAACGAAGAAGGCAUAUCGAAAGAGUACUUUGAAGCAGAAAAACUUGGUGCUUCCCAAAAUUGCGAAAACAUUCUGCUGCUGACGUGCACUUUAAGAAGGACGAAAUCGGACGGCGAAAAAGGAUCCAUCAGGAAUCCCAUUAGGUUCCCAUAUGGUGACGCCUUCAUGGGCUUGUUUAUAGCACUCGCUCUUCCAUUAGAAGUGGACAAUAUAGACUUGUUCUUCUCGUACAACUUCGAAGGUAACUACGUGCUACCACAAAACCAAACCGAAUGGGAAUAUCCACCAAUUAUAUCAAAAUCCUUCAAUAUUGCUAGGAAAUUCGUAUACAACGCCUUCGAAUUCAAGUUAAAAUCAAAUGGUUUUCCUGGGAAACCUUGUUUGUUGAGAAGUAUUUGCGAGGCAGCUGAAUACAGCAUGGACCAUAACGGCGUCCUCGCCGAUUUAAUUCACAUAAUGUUGUCUCCGUCGACGUCGAAAACGGAGGGUUUGCACGAGUAUGAGAACGCCGAGAAUUAUGGAAGAUUCUACAAGCACUGCAAAAAGUACAAGAAAAAGUGUCCCAUCAGCGUGCUCGAAAUGGUUUCUCAUAUAGGUGAUGUAAUUCAAUAA